UAAGUUUCAUCGUGCCCUUCCUGGUCUGUGAUAUCAACAGUGAUGGCGGCUGCUGCACGGUUCCUCAUCCGAGGUGCAAACUCAAAACUUCCCAUUGCUGUUGUGGGCAGCGGGGCUCAUUGCUCGUUCGGCUCAACGUUUUUAAAACUGUCGCUGAACUGCAACUCCGGUAUAAAGACACAGCGGAGACAUGCGGCGCACUUUACUUUCCAGCCUGACCCUGUCCCAACCCAGUUUGGUCCUACACAGAAAAUGAACUUGUUCCAGUCAGUUACAAGUGCCUUGGACAACACUCUUGCCAAUGAUCCUACAGCAGUUAUCUUUGGAGAAGAUGUUGCCUUUGGGGGAGUUUUCCGAUGCACUGUUGGUCUGAGAGACAAAUAUGGGAAGGACAGAGUUUUCAACACUCCCCUCUGUGAGCAAGGGAUUGUGGGAUUUGGUAUCGGAGUAGCUGUUGCAGGAGCCACAGCGAUUGCUGAGAUCCAGUUUGCCGAUUACAUUUUUCCUGCUUUUGACCAAAUAGUCAACGAAGCAGCCAAGUACCGCUACCGAUCUGGCGACCUGUUCGACUGUGGCAACCUCACCAUCCGUGCUCCCUGGGGUUGUGUUGGCCACGGAUCACUUUACCACUCUCAGAGCCCGGAGGCCUUUUUUGCCCACGCCCCUGGUCUCAAGGUUGUAAUCCCACGUGGACCAGUCCAGGCCAAGGGUCUGCUACUGUCUUGCAUCGCUGACAAGAAUCCAUGCAUAUUCUUUGAGCCCAAGAUCAUGUACAGAGCAGCAGUGGAGCAAGUUCCUGUGGAGUCCUACACCAUCCCACUCUCCCAGGCUGAGGUCCUACAGGAAGGAAGUGAUGUCACACUGGUUGCCUGGGGGACACAGGUCCAUGUGUUGAGGGAGGUUGCAAACCUCGCCCAGGAGAAACUAGGAGUGUCGUGCGAGCUCAUUGAUUUACAGACCAUCUUGCCAUGGGAUGUUGAAACUGUUUGCAAGUCUGUGGUGAAAACCGGUCGUUUGCUCAUCAGUCAUGAGGCUCCAGUGACCGGAGGCUUCGCUUCUGAAAUUAGCUCCUCAGUGCAGGAGGAGUGUUUUCUCAACCUGGAGGCCCCCAUCACAAGGGUCUGUGGUUACGACACACCAUUCCCGCACAUCUUUGAACCCUUCUACAUCCCAGAUAAGUGGAAGUGCUUUGAAGCAAUCAAGAAGAUGAUCAACUACUAAGAGUCAACUUCUGGUUGCCCUGGGUCCCGCCUUUUCCUCCUUUUCCUCUUCAUUUAUCCAAUCAGUGAAGGGCUGCCAGGAAAGACAUUUCUUUGACCAUCACACCAGGAAAGCGCAAUCCAGAUGGUUUCCAUGUCCCUCUGUCUUUUCUCCUAAAAGGACUGUUACAGUGUCUCUGAAGUAGUCAACCUCAUUCUGCUGAAAUGGAAAAUGAAGAUCUGGUCUGUGAAACUCUACCCUAACUUCAACACACUUAAAUAAGCCCUAAAUCAAAGACGGAUACUCCAGGGAGAAUGUGCGUUUAUGGUGGCAUUUAUGACUUUCUGUAUUUCUGUGGUGUUACGUUUGAUGAAAUGUGUGCAACUGUGCUAUAAUCUUUAUUCAGUUUGACAUGAAUAGAACCUUAUUGUACCAUUGACACAGAUCUGUGGUUUUUAAUGGAAAAAUAAAAAGCAAAGAUCAUGGUGAAAAAAAGCAACAAAAAAAA